AUGCAUAUGUCUGAAUUCGGAAACACUCGGCAGCCUAUUGACUGCAUAAGGCGAGAGGCAAUUUUAAGAAUAAGGCAUUUCAAAGCCAAAACAAAGCUAGAAAUGCAGAUGAUAAAAUUGAAGCUGGAGUUAGCACUAAUUAAAAAGAGAUCUGCAAAGCUCGAGGUGGCCACAAACAAGAUACUCUUAGAAAAAGCUCAACUUGAGUUAGAGGAAUCAAAAAAAAAAGCUGUAAUAAAUAAUGUUUAA